GGGGGGAUAAGCAUUAGCUCGAGUGUUGUCUGUUUAUGCACGUAAUGGCUAUCCCCCCCCCGUUAAAUGUCAUCGCGGUUAAUCGCCGGCGUUGUCAUGGUGAAAGGCGGACGGCGUGAUGUUCACGCGGCGGUGGGGGGGGGCAUUUAAGGCAGCUGCAGCCAGUGUGACAGCCGUGCGUCGUGCCCUCUUUUUCCCCUCCGCGCCCGCGCAGCUUCCCGUCAUGUGCGAAGAUUGCAGAGGAGACGAGGAGCUGCUGGUCAGAUGCUCGGAGGACAGGAGAGGCAUCAUGGGCGCGCCGCUGGAAGUUUUGGAUGAGGACGCGUCGUCGCUGCAGCAGAUGGCCUCUGCACCCCUGUUAGGCGGAGCUGUGUGCGCGAGCUGCAACGAGGACAUUGUGGAUAAAUAUUUAUUAAAGGUUAACGACCUGUGCUGGCAUGUGCGCUGUCUCUCCUGCAGCGUGUGCCAAACUUCACUUGGCAGCCACACGAGCUGUUACAUCAAAGAGAAAGAAGUUUUCUGUAAACUGGAUUACUUCAGAUACGGCACGUGGUGCGCGUGCUGCGGCCGGAACAUCCACUCCACGGACUGGGUCCGCCGGGCGAAGGGCAACGUGUACCACCUGGCCUGCUUCGCCUGCUUCUCCUGCAAGAGGCAGCUGUCCACCGGGGAGGAGUUCGCGCUGGUGGAGGAGAAGGUGCUCUGCAGGGUCCACUACGACUGCAUGCUGGACAACCUGAAGCGGGCCGUGGAGAAGGGAACCAAUGUUAACAUGGAGGGGGCCGUGCCCACUGAACAGGAGAUUAAUCAGCCAAAACCGUCCAAGAGAGCACGGACCAGCUUCACCGCCGACCAGCUGCAGGUGAUGCAGGGCCAGUUCGCUCAGGACAACAACCCAGACGCCCAAACGCUGCAGAAGCUGGCGGAGCAGACGGGCCUCAGUCGCAGAGUCAUCCAGGUCUGGUUCCAAAACUGCAGAGCUCGCCACAAGAAGCACGUGAGCCCCAACCACACCUCCAGCACGCCCAUGAGCUCCCUGCAGUCCGGCCGGCUCCCCCAGCCCACCCUGACCCCCGAGGAGCUGCAGUACACCGCGUACGGAGGCCCGGAGGGAUCAAUGCUCUCCGCGCUGCACUCCUUCAUAGACAUCCACUCCUCUCCAUCCAUGUUUCAACCGCUGCUGCCGGCCCACGCCAUGACCUCGCUGCCUGUGUCACACGCCUGAGCUGCUCACACACACACACACACACACACACACACAACCACCCGCGCAGCAGCCUCCGUCAUCCACCAGCGUUCGGCCUCAUUAGCGUUCGCAGUAUUCAGAUCUUUGUGGUAAAUAUGAAUUCAUUUUGAAAUGAACCAUAAAAGUUUCAUUUUCCUGAGCUGACUUUAAUUCAUUACACGUCAACAUCAUUUGAAAACUACUAUGGAUGACUACAAUUUGUACUGUAUAAUGUGUGUGCAUCAUUGGAUCUGAACAUAUGACGUCAUAGAUUUAUAUUUGUUUGUGUAGUUGGUGACACAGUUUGACCCGGCUGCUCUACUCGGGAGCCUCCAAAAAUGACCCAAAAUGUCAAAUCAUGAAGGUGAACAUGAAAUUGUUUAUAUGGCAGUGUUUGGAUAUUGCAAUUUAAUUUAUUUAUUGUAUGUGAAGUCUGUUUUGGAAAUAAAUGUAAUUUCACAAACCCG